UGCGUUAGUACAGACGUCAUCAGUCCUCGUCUGAAUUGUAGCGUUUCCCACUUUGCGCCGCGUCGACUUGUUGUGAUAUUUGUGCGGGUUCCUCGUGACUGAGCAGCAGAAUGGAUCCAGUGGAGCUCCUCCACAUGUCCGUCUUCUCUCAGAGCUUCUCUCCCUGCGGCCGCUUCCUGGCGGCUGGAAACAACUACGGUGAGAUCGCCCUCUUCAGUCUGUCUGCAGCUCUGAGUCCAGACGCCACAGCACUGAGUCAGAAACCUGUUCUGACCUUCACAGCUCACGAAGGUCCGAUCUUCUCUCUUCUCUCCACCGACUGUUUCCUGUUGAGCACCGGAAACGGAGAAAUCAGCGCCUGGAGCUGGACUGAACUCAUCAAGAAGAACGUCAAACCUCUGUGGACGAAAAGACCAAACUACAAGUCCAGUCUUGAGAUUCCUGAGAUUAACUCGAUGGCGGUUCAGUCCAGAGACAACAGUCUUGUCAUCGGUGGAGGAGACAACAACGUCCACAUCCUGGACCUGGAACACGGAGUCUUCAAGUCUGUCCUGCAGGGUCACACGGACUACGUCCACUGUGUGAGUGUGAGGGAGCGGGAGGCGGAGGUCCUGUCGGGGAGUGAGGACGGAGCCGUGAGGAUCUGGGACAGCAGGACCGGACAGAGUGUCCACUGCAUCGAGGUCUACAAGUACGAGAGCUGUGCUCGGCCUCAGUUCGGGAAGUGGAUCAGCUGCUUGACCACCGACUCUGACUGGAUGCUGUGUGGCGGAGGUCCGUCUCUGUCUCUGUGGCACCUCCGCUCUCUGUCUCCAACCUCCAUCUUCCCUCUGACGGGCUGCCAGCGACAAGCCGCCUUCCACCAGGACAUGAUCCUGGCGGCGGGUGACGGUGCGUUCGUGUCUCACUGUCGGCUGGGGGGGGAAGUCAAAGCUCAGAUCCCGUGUUCUCUACAGAGCGUCAACACGCUGCAGCUCAACGCCAACAGCGCCGAGCACCAGGUGCUGACAGUCGCAGGAAGCAGUGACCACAUCGACGUGUUCACCAACCUGUCGUACAAAGCCUUCUCACUCAGCUUCUGAACCCACACUCUCUCUUUUACUAAAUAAAAACAUGUCACUGAACCAGA